AAACUCUGACAGUUCAAAUUUUCUCCAACGCAUUCAAAACAGUCAGUGGUGCAGUCAGUCAAAGUUUUGUGACUGAGAUUACAUCCAUAGUUUAGCUUUAGUGAAUUAACGAAGAAGUAAGUCAGAAACAAUUGAUUGAUUUACGCAACGUCAAGAGAACAUGGACUCUAAGGCACCGCAAGCAGGUUUACAAUUAUAAAGUUAUCACUGGCCAAAAAAGCUAGAGAAUAAUUUCGGGACAACACAGUCAAUCGAUUCCGAGUUACACUGGAACUGGAACGCUACAGCAUGAAUCUACACGAGCCGGUCGAUAUGCUCAAUAAAACCAUCGACGAUCUCACGCCGGAGGAAAAGAUAAGACUCGAGCAUAUGAAAUUGCACGAAAAACACAAAGGUCAUGAGUCGAUGCACGCAGAGAUGGUUGUUAUUCUCCUGGUCACGCUGAUCAUAGCACAGAUCAUUCUGGUUGAGUGGAAGAAACGACACUACCGGUCAUACUCGUUAAUGACACUUGUGGCGCUUUGGUUGAUACCGUUUGCGCUUUGUGUGCGGUCGCAGUAUUGGCGCUUCAUCUUCUUCUGGCUGAUAUUCAGCUGCAUUACGGCACUAGUGAUGCGAAAGGCACUGAAAAAACCAGUGGCUGGUACCACCCCUCGGCUGGUUUAUAAAUGGUUCUAUUUCAUCUACAAACUAAGUUACGGUCUCGGGGUGGUCGGCUAUAUCAUCAUGAUGUUCACCUUCUUUGGGUUGAAUUACGUUUUCAAUCAGCCGCCCAACAUCUGGAUGGACAUCGGGUUGCUGUUGGUGUUCUACGGGCUGUACUACGGCGUGCUGGGACGAGACGUGUCCGAGAUUUGUGCUGAUAAAAUGGCAGCUCACAUUGGGUAUUACACACCAAAGGGUAUACCAACUAGACAUCUGGAGCGAAACGUGUGUGCCGUUUGUGGCAAUCAGCUCCUAACGGACGUGAAUGAGACGGGUGUCAUCGAGGACACCUAUAAAUUAUCCUGUGAUCACGUGUUUCACGAAUUUUGCAUACGCGGCUGGUGUAUCAUCGGUAAGAAGCAAACCUGCCCGUAUUGCAAAGAAAAAGUUGACCUCAAGAAAAUGUUCUGUAAUCCAUGGGAACGACCGCACGUUCUGUACGGUCAACUGCUGGACUGGAUCCGAUGGUUGGUGGCAUGGCAACCUCUGAUUCUCUUUAUCGUACAGGGCAUCAAUUGGGUGCUGGGAUUGGAAUAGCAACUUGGAGCCGUGCUACUGUUCGGGCGACCUCCUCCCCCAGUGCAUUCUCCGUUGGCAGUAUCGUGAUUGUCAUCUUCGUCCUCUUCUUUGUAGUCGUCGCCGUCGUCGUACUUGUCUUUCGUAAAUGGCACUGGUACCAAAAAGUCGCACCCAGUGUUUGCUAUUGUUUUAAACCCUAUAGUCUUAAAGAUUUAGUUUUUUUAGUCUGCAUUUUUCUAGCCUGAUUCAGACAUUUUUUUUUCUUGUUAAUAGUGUUUUGUUCCGAUCGCCUGCACUGUAGAUGAUGCUUCACACAGCAGACAGGUUGUGAGUUGGUUGUUAACGUCGUACUAGUGCGGAAGCUUAGAGCAACGAAACUGUCCCGCGUGCCUGUAGAAGCUGGUCGCAGGAGACGAAGCGAGUGAUUUUAAUUAUCCGUGUAAUAUUGCCUCCAGCAGAGUCAGUACAGAAGGUAUUUAGGUUCUCUAUAAAUAUAAUUUAUGGAACUACUAGAUGAUAGAAUAAUAAAAAUAGUUUUCAAUGCGAAA